AUGCGCUACGACUCGAUGAUAGUUGCCGUUGGGACGGGCGUCGGUGUCAUUGGCCUCCUGACCAUUCCGGCCGCCUCAGCAUUUCUUCUGCAGCUCUCCAAGCGCGAGGCUAAGGAUGAGACAUACCAAGACUUAGAUGGCAAGAGCUCUCCCGAGGCCGUAAAGGCCUUCUCGGCCAAGGUGCCCAAGGUCUUCAUCUGCCUGCUUGCGGCGCUCGGUUUCGGCAUCGCUGUGGCUCUCGCUGUUCUGUCUACGCUUCAUAUUGGCAAGGAUGGCCUAUUCCUGGAGAAUUGGCUCAGUGUCGGUGCUUGGGCUCUCCUCCUGUUCCAGGCGACCGCCAUUGCUUCGAGCAGGAAGUCGGUCCAGGCCUACAGUGAUGGCCUAUACUCGUUCCUGUCGUGCAUCAUCCUGGCCGUCAUGAUCCUCGCGCAGGACACGUCCAUCAUCGCCGUCCUGCUCAAGCACUACCCCGUGCUCUUCGCGCUGCGCAUCGUCGAGACCGCCGCGGUCGUCUUCCUCGGCGCGGCCAGCCUGUUCAUCCCGCGCCGGCCGGACGUCUUCGACGAGGAGGGCCGCCUCGUCGACCGCAUGUACACCGUGUACGCCUUCUCGCGCUUCACCUUCGCCUGGCCGUACAACGUGCUCUCGCUCGCCGGCAAGAAGAAGAACCUCGACAUGGCCGACCUCCCGCGCCCGGACCACUUCACCCGCGCCAAGGAGGUCUCGGCCGACUGGAAGGCAAAGAACUUCAAGCAGCGCCUCUGGCUCUCCGUCAUCCUCGCCCACGGCGGUGCCUUCGCCCUCCAGUGGGUGCUCACUCUCGGAACGGCGGUGCUUAAUUUCGCCCCGCAGUGGGUGAUACUGCAGCUUCUGCGCAUUCUAGAGACGAAGAAGCGCAGCGACAGCUAUGGCGUGGAGACCUGGAUGUGGGUGGUCUGGCUAGGUGCCGUUAUUGUAGCUCAAGCGUGGGUUGAAGGAUACGUCUUCUGGCUCUCGUGGGCUGAGCUCACCAUCCCCGUCCGAGCCCAGCUCGGAGCUCUCAUUUUCGAAAAGUCUAUGCGCCGGAAGGAUGUCAAGGGUACCGGAAGGUCUUCCAACAAGAAGGCGCAGGUCGAGCAGACUGCUGAGCCUGUCGUUACUGGCACUGCUGGGGAGUCGACCACGGCAGACCGCCCCGAGGUGCCAGAUGAGUUGGAAGAUGAGGCAGAAGCUCUCAAGAAGAGCAAGCAGAGCACAGUCAAUCUGAUUGGUGUCGAUGCGAAGCGUGUGUCCGACUUCGCCGCCUACCAGAAUCUGUUCCCCGGAAGCUUAUUCAAGCUGAUCAUCUCCCUGGCUUUUCUGGUCAAUCUUCUGGGCUGGCAAGCUCUUCUUUCUGGCUUCUCAACCAUGGUCGCCAUCAUGCCGGUCAACAUCUAUUUCUCUAAGCGGUAUUCGGAGGCCCAGGACAAACUAAUGAAGGUUCGAGAUGAGAAGAUGGAAGUCGUGACAGAGGCUCUUCAGGGCAUUCGACAGAUCAAGUUCUCUGCGCUCGAGCCAGAAUGGGAGAAGAAGAUCAGCGAUGUUCGAGAGAAGGAGCUGAAGAGCGUGUGGGCUGUCUUCCUCGGCGACACCGCGCUCCUGGCCUGUUGGGUUACUAGCCCAAUCCUCCUCUCAGCAGCCUCUUUGGCUGUGUAUGCAGGCUUGAACGGAGCCUUGACGCCAUCUGUCGCAUUCGUCAGUCUCGGAGUAUUCAAGGCCCUCGAGGUGACGCUCUCGGUCGUGCCCGAGUUGACUACCGAUCUCCUAGAUGCAUGGACCUCCAUCAAGCGAAUUGAAGAGUAUCUCAACAGCCCCGAAAUCGAGAAGGCUCCUGUCAAGGACUCUGACGAGGUGACUUUUGACAAUGCUUCCAUUGCCUGGCCUGCGGAAGAGAAGUUGGACGACGACGAGAGAUUUAUCCUACGAAAUAUCACCGUCACAUUCCCGCGAGGCGAACUGUCCGUCGUUUCUGGUAAGACUGGAACGGGCAAGAGUUUGAUGCUUUCUGCUAUCCUUCGAGAAGUAGACAUCCUAUCCGGAUCUAUCUCUCUCCCCAGAGCACCACCACUGGCAGACAGGCAUGACAGCAAAGCCACUAAGGCAAACUGGAUUAUUCCCGAGGCAAUCGCAUAUGUCGCCCAAAUUCCCUGGAUCGAGAACGCCAGCAUCAAGGACAACAUCGUCUUUGGGCUGCCCUACGAUGAGGAGCGAUAUAAUCAGACUGUUGAGGUUUGCGCGUUGAAGAAGGAUUUGGAAAUGCUUAGUGACGGUGAGAACACAGAGAUCGGAGCCAACGGUAUCAACCUCAGUGGUGGCCAGAAGUGGCGUGUUACUCUCGCAAGAGCCAUGUACUCGAGAGCGGGUAUACUUGUACUAGACGAUAUCUUCAGCGCUGUCGAUGCUCAUGUCGGUCGCCACAUCUUUGAGAAGUGUCUCAACGGCGAGCUUGCUACUGGAAGAACUCGCAUCCUGGUCACCCACCACGUCGCACUCUGCGAGCCGAAGACUAAGUAUCUAGUGGAGUUGGGAGAUGGAGGUGUCCUCAACGCAGGCCUCCUAUCUGAAUUGCAGGAGGAUGGCACGCUUCAGCAGAUCAAGAGCCACGAACAGUCAGCAGAGGAGAUUCGGGAGGAUGAGACCAUAACUGCUGUCAAUUCAGACGAGUCUACUGAUGGAGAGGAGGAGCAGAACGGCGCUAAUGGCGAUACUCUGAAGAAGGUCACGUCCAAGACAGUAGCACCUCGGAAGUUUGUGGAGGAUGAGAAGCGUGAGGAGGGUGCGGUUAGAAAGCACGUUUACGGGGUCUACCUCCAAGACAGCGGUGGUAUCCUGUUCUGGGGCGGCUGCGUUCUCGUUUUCGUCGUGAACCAGGCAUUCUCUCUUGGCCGCUCCUGGUGGCUGCGAAUCUGGACAGGCACAUACGAGGAGGAGAGCAUAAAAGCUUUCCACACUAACGUCUCUAGAGAGCAUGGCUACACUUACCAGAUCUCUCUUCAGCAGACACCUCAUCUCCACACCAUACCGACCGUAUCAGCAGAACAGCGCAGCCUCGAAUUCUAUCUCGGGAUCUAUGUAUUCCUCGCCUUGGUGUCUUCGAUUAUCGGCACCUUCAAAUUCUUCUACACGUACAUUGGUUCGAUUAGGGCCAGUCGCAAACUCUUCGCAAAGCUCAACUUUGUCAUUCUACGCACUCCGCUUCGGUGGCUCGACACCGUGCCAGUGGGCCGUGUCCUCAACAGAUUCACCUCAGACUUCCACAUCAUCGACUCCCAGCUUGCAAACUCUCUGAGCUUUGGAGGCGGUUCUUUCUUGCAGCUUCUCGGCGUCAUUGUCGCAGGUCUGUUCGUGUCCCCGUACAUUGUCGUCCUAGCUCUUGUCCUGCUGCUCAUGUGCCUGUACUACGCAAUGGUCUACCUCAAUGCCGCUCGACCGGUUAAGAGACUGGAGAGCACGACCAAGUCACCUGUUUUCGAGCAGUUCGGCUCCGCACUUACUGGUGUCGCGACGAUUCGCGGCUUUGACAAGGCGCAAGUCUACAUUGAGCGCAUGUAUAAGAAGCUUGAUGAUUAUUCGGUUGCUACGUGGCACUUGUGGCUCUUCAACAGGUGGAUGGGCUGGAGAAUGUCGUUGAUCGGCUCGCUUUUCUCAGUCUUCAUCUCCUCGCUCAUCCUCUUGACCCCUGACAUUGACGCCGCCUUGGCAGGCUUCGCUCUUGCGUUCGCCUUGGACUUCGCCAACUGCGUCAUGUGGACCAUCCGUCUCUACGCCAACGUUGAGCUUAACAUGAACGCAGCGGAGCGUAUCAUCGAGUACACGGAGCUACCGACCGAGUCUCUUGAAGGCAAGAGCCCGCCAGCUGCUUGGCCGACUGAGGGCCGUCUGGAGGUUAACGAGCUUGUCGUUAGCUAUGCCGCUGAUUUGCCCCCUGUCCUCAAGGGCCUGACAUUUAGCGUCAACAGCAAUGAGCGAGUUGGCGUUGUCGGCCGCACGGGAGCGGGCAAGUCCUCGCUCACACUGGCCUUGUUCCGAUUCUUGGAAGCAAGGUCUGGAAGCAUUUACGUUGACGGGCAGGACAUCUCGAAGAUCAAGCUCCACGAUCUUCGGUCCCGCCUGGCAAUUAUUCCUCAGGAUCCUGUCCUCUUCUCCGGCACAGUCCGAAGCAACCUCGACCCCUUUGACAAGCACAGCGACUCGGAGCUGCGCGACUGCCUCGAGCGCGUGCACCUGAUCACCUCGGGCAGCACCGGCGGCUCCGUGACGCCCACCUCGGCCGAGCCCUCCUCGCCGACCGCCAAGAACGCCAACGUGUUCGAGGACCUCAAGUCGCCCGUCUCCGAGGGCGGCCUGAACCUGUCGCAGGGCCAGCGCCAGCUGCUGUGCCUCGCGCGCGCCAUCGUCUCGCGCCCGCGCGUCAUGGUGCUCGACGAGGCCACCAGCGCCGUCGACAUGCACACGGACGCGCUGAUCCAGCGCUCCAUCCGCGAGGAGUUCACCGACGCCACGCUGCUCGUCAUCGCCCACCGCCUGAGCACCAUCGCCGACUUUGACCGCAUCCUCGUCCUGAGCGACGGCCAGGUCGCCGAGUUCGGCAGCCCCCGCGAGCUGUGGGAGAGGCCCCAGGGCAUCUUCCGCGCCAUGUGCGACGAGAGCGGCGAGAAGGACAAGCUGAGGGGCAUCGUGUUUGGUCAGCAAUAG